UAUCUGGGGGUCGGGAUCUCGCUGCGUUGCCUAGCGACAGGAGGACGCUCGCGGGCCCCCAGGCUAAACCCCGCAGUAUCCUUAAAUCUCCUACCAUGGGGGAAGAAGGCGGCGGCCGCAGCUGUGGGACCACUAAGGAGCUGCAGAAGCUGAAGCAGCAGGCGAUGGAGUACUACCGGGAGAACGACGUUCCGCGCAGGCUGGAAGAACUGCUCAACUCCACCUUCUACCUCCAGCCUGCCGACGUCUACGGGCACCUGGCAAACUGCUUUUCUACAUUUGCUAAGCCUCCCACCAUACACAGAAUAGUGGGGAAAAAUGUACUGGACGGACUUGGGCUGUCUACCUUGCAAGUGGAAGUAUUCUGCACCAUUCAAAAUUUUCCCAAGAGCAUCUGUUCUGUGGUGAUCCCCACUCACUUUGAAGUCCAGGAGAACACUGUGCCUGAGCUGGUGGAGGCACAGGAGGCAGAGAGGCGCCUGGCAGUGAGCACUGCUGUGCAGUGGGUCAAUGAGACCAUCACUGAGGAGCUGCGGGGCCUGGCGCCGUCCAGCCAGGCUGAGGUGGACUGCAUGCUCAGGGCAUUCUUUGCAAAUAAAGUACAAGAAGAGAAGGAGAGAAAAGCGUUGGAAAAGAGCCAGGAAGACUCAGCGGGGUCUGUACCACCAUCUCAAAUACUACCACCACCUCCUCCACCUCCUACCAAAAAAAGGGGGCAAAAGCCAGGAAAAAAGGAUUCUGUCUAUAUAGAGAAACCUGUCAUACCUGCAGGACCUGCUGAACCAGUACUCUGUGGCAGUAUGGCCAUAGGGGCCGUGUCACUAGCUGUGGCCAAGACCAGUGCCAUUCUGGGCGGUAUUCCUCUGUACUUAAACAUUGCAUUACUGAAGCACAAUCAGGAACAGCCAGCAACGCUAACUAUGCCUUUACUGAUGGCAUCUGUGGUCAGUUGUGGGAAAUCAUCACCUGGGAAGCUAAAUUUAAUGAAAGAAGUUAUUUGCAUACCACAUCCUGGAUUAACAACUAAACAAGGUGUGGAGAUGCUUCUGGAAAUUCAGAAACAAAUUAACAAAAUACUGGAAAUGCCCACUCCUCCAAAAGCAGAGAACAAAAAAGGACUUAAUGGAAACAAAAGAGGUCAACAGCCGGUCACUGGUAAGAUGUCCCAUCUGGGCUGUUUAACCAUUAACUGUGACGUCAUGGAACAGCCACUGCUUCUAAUACAGGGCGUCUGUGCAAACCUGGAGCUAGAACUGGGAACAAAUCUGCAUCUAGCCAUCAACUGUGCUGGACAUGAGUUGAUGGACUAUAGUAAAGGAAAGUAUGAAGUACUGAUGGGUACCCACAAAAAUGCAGCAGAGAUGGUCGACUUGUAUGUGGAGCUGAUCAACAAGUACCCUUCCAUCAUUGCCUUAAUUGAUCCUCUCAGGAAGGAGCUCUUAUUUACCCAGGACUCUGAACAGUGGGACAGCAUCUGUAAUGCUCUCGGUUCCAGGUGCUACGUAAUUGCAGGAACUGCAUCCAAAAGCAUUUCUAAGCUUCUAGAGCAUGGAAGCAUCAGCAGCCCCAGAUCCCAUGGGCUGAUCAUAAAACAUACAAAUCAAACUACCAUGUCUGACUUGGUGGAAAUAACCAAUCUUAUUAACAGUAAGAAGCACAUUGCCAUCCUUGGAAGUACAGAAGGAGAGUCCUCUGAUGAUAGCCUUGUCGAUUUGGCCGUUGGACUCGGUGUCCGGUUUAUCAAGUUGGGAGGUCUUUCUCGUGGUGAACGGGUGACCAAGUACAACCGCCUUCUUACUAUAGAGGAAGAACUUGUCCAGAAUGAAACACUGGGUUUCAAUGAAGAACACACCUUUUUUUACUUUAAUGAGGAUGCUAAAAAGGCACUUGAAGCUGCUGCCACUGCAGCCGGUGAGCUGCUUGGGCCCCGGGAACCUAUCUUCCCCACAGAGGUUGUGGAAGAAUCAGCUAGAUCGUGACCACAUUCUGGAUGGGGUGUACCCUGGGGUACAGCCACACCAAGGUAUUAGACUGGUAGGUGUAAAAUGUCGCUAUAUUGGCUCUGCUCUUCACCUUCACUAAUUCAGGUGUGCUUUUUCAUUCUUGUAAUUCCACUGUUUGGUAAAAUACAUAUAUAAUAUUUUGGCCUGAAAGUCUGUGAACUUUGUUUUACAGUCAUCACAUUUCCAUGGGGACACUAGCUCUACUGUCCAAUGUGCAAGUUCAUGAUCUAGUUUUUCUAGAGGCAAUAUUUUUGUUGCCAGUUCUACGACAUCUUGUCCUUUACAAAUCAGAACACCUCCAAAAUAGAAGCUAAUUCUGUAAGAAGCUCUCAAUGCCAGGAACAGGUGUCCAGCUCCUGUGUUCUGAGAUGCACAGAUAUCUUUUUGCAGCCAACCGGAUGCAGCUGGUGACAAGACUUUUUAAAAUAGCCAAAGAACUUCAUCUUAUUUUCCUACACUUGACUCCCUUUUCCCCUGAUGUCUUUGUCUUAAAUUUGAGCUUUUUUUACUUUUA